AUGGCGUGGUGGAACCCUGUGGCCAGAAUCAGGGAGGCCUUAACAGGUCAAAGGUUACGCGAGAAUGACCUCCGUCACUUGGUGUCAAAUCUGCCUUACGAAGGCCAGGCGAAGGCUAGGCAACCCAACCGCUACUUUCCGGGAAAUGCUAUCAAGACCACCAAAUAUACACUCCUGUUCUUCAUUCCAAAGAACCUUUUUGAGCAGUUUCAUCGUCUGGCAAACCUCUAUUUCGUUGGCUUGGCUAUCCUCAACUUUGUGCCUGUGGUGAAUGCCUUCCAGCCUGAGGUGGCUCUUAUCCCCAUCUGCGUUAUCCUGUCUCUCACUGCACUCAAAGAUGCCUGGGAGGACUUCAGGAGGUACCAGUCGGACAAGAAGCUCAAUAACAUGCCGUGCUUCAUCUACAGCGGGAAAGAAAAGAAGUUUGUGGAGCGGCGUUGGAAGGAUGUGCGUGUAGGCGAUUUUGUGAAGGCACUUUGCAACCAAAUCGUCCCUGCAGACCUCCUGCUCUUGCACACUUCAAACCAAAGCUACACGUGCCACAUAGAGACGUCCAAUCUGGAUGGCGAGACAAACCUUAAAGAGAGGAAAUGUGUUCCUGGCCUUUGUGUCACGAAGCCCGAAUUUGAACCUGAGAGUUUCAAAAGCGUCGUAGUGUGCGAAAGACCCAACAACAAUCUGAAUUACUUCAAGUGCUACGUGGAGAAACCAAAUAAAGAAAAGGUGGGCGCUGGAAUUGAGAGUUUGCUGCUUCGAGGUUGCACUGUCAGAAAUACCGACCACGCUGUCGGUUUCGUGGUUUACGCAGGACAUGAAACCAAAUCAAUGCUGAACAACAACGGGCCAAGAUACAAACGCAGCAAACUGGAGCGGAAACUGAAUGUGGACGUCAUCUUUUGCGUCAUUCUGCUCUUCGCCAUGUGUCUGGUCGGCGCACUAGGUCACUUAUAUUGGCGUCAGGCACUACCUGGUGUGCCCCCUUACCUGGUGCCUGACGACAAAGGCCAUGUGGACAACCCUAGUCUGUCCAGCUUCUACAUCUUCUUCAGCAUGAUCAUCCUGUUGCAGGUCAUGAUCCCAAUCUCCCUCUAUGUUUCCAUUGAGCUGGUGAAGAUUGGCCAGAUCUUCUUCAUCACUCAUGAUGUAGACCUUUAUGAUGAGGAGACAGACAGCCGAAUACAGUGUAAAGCUCUGAACAUUACAGAGGACUUGGGACAGAUCGAGUACAUUUUCUCCGACAAGACGGGCACGCUCACUGAGAACAAGAUGGUGUUUCGACGUUGCUCCAUCAUGGGCAGAGAGUAUCCGCACAAGGAAAAUGCCAUCCGUUUGGCUGUUAUUGAUGAACCAGAAUCUGAUGAGGAGGUCAUCUUUAACCAGCAGCCACAACCCGAAGUGAGUGGAUGGUCUCUGGAUGCUGAAGACAGCAGCCCUGAAGGCAGACAACGUCGCCAUGAAAGCAGACACAAGAGCAAGUUAGCGGGAAAUGCCCAGAGCAACGUGGCCUUCAGCAGUCCGCUGGAAACUGAGGUGAUUCCAGACAGAAUGCUGCUCCAGCAGGUCAACAUCGCAGAGAGAAGUAUCAGAAGGCAGAAGAUAGAUCCCCACCUAGACUUUUUUCUGGCUCUUGCCAUUUGCAACACAGUGGUGGUUUCCAUGGAAACAGCUCAGAGACAGAGGAAGUACACGGCCUCAUUCCAGUCAACUAAUCCAUUGGACAAUUUCUCCAACUUCUUGAAAAGGGCUGGCUCUCUUCGCAAUGUAUUUGCACCUAAAAGGGACCGAAGCUUAUCGGAAACCACAUUUAAAGAGGACGAUUGCUUUGAAAAAGUGGACGACUCAGGAGAUUUCACAUCAAAUGUAAAGACUGAUGAGUCCAGUGGGGUGUACUAUGAGGCGGAGAGUCCGGACGAGGCGGCUUUAGUGUACGCCGCCAAAGCCUAUGGCUUCGUUCUGCUGAGCCGCACUCCUGACAGUGUGACAGUGAGGCUGCCGUCGGGUCAGAUCCUGGUCUUCGAGGUGCUCGACACCCUUGCCUUUGACUCCAACAGAAAGAGAAUGUCGGUGCUGGUGCGACACCCCAUCACCAAAGAGUGCGUGCUGUACACCAAAGGCGCCGACUACUCCAUCAUGGAGCUGCUCGGUGCCCCGUAUGCGGAACAUCUCAGAGGAAAUCAGAAAAAUAUUGUAGCAGAUACUCAGUUUCAUCUCGAUUCCUAUGCUGAAGACGGUCUGCGUACGCUUUGCUUCACAAAGAAGGUCGUGAGCGCCGAAGAAUAUAAUACCUGGUCUGUGAACAGACAGAGCGCUAUGGCCUCCAUUGACGGCAGAGAGCAGCUCAUUAUGGACACCGCUGUGCAGCUGGAGACAAACCUCACCCUGCUGGGGGCGACAGGCAUUGAGGACCGUCUGCAGGAGAGCGCUUCAGACACCAUCCAGGCACUGCGGGAAGCAGGGAUCAAGGUGUGGGUGCUGACUGGUGACAAGCCGGAGACGGCUGUCAACAUUGGCUAUGCCUGCAGGCUGCUGGAAGAUGAAGACCUAGUGAUUAACAUGAGCUGCAAUAGUAAGCUCAUAUGCACUUCCAUCCUGGACUGCACCCUGGAAGAGGUGAGGAGGUAUGAAAAUGACCCUAGCAACAUAGAUACGACCCCCGACAUCUCUCUGGUGAUCGACGGACGCACCCUAGCCAUGCUUUUGUCCGAGGAUCUGCAAGGCCGCUUUGUGGAAUUGGCAAAGCGUUGCCACUCCGUUCUAUGCUGUCGAGUCACACCUUUGCAGAAAAGCGGAGUGGUGAAGCUCAUCAGGGACAAGCUCGGGGUCAUGACUCUGGCUGUCGGUGAUGGUGCCAAUGACGUUAACAUGAUCCAAGCUGCUGAUAUUGGGAUAGGAAUUUCUGGACAGGAGGGAAUGCAGGCAGCCAUGGCGAGUGAUUUUGCUAUAUCUCGCUUCAAACACCUCAGAAAGCUCCUGCUGGUUCACGGACAUUGGUGCUACACUCGCCUAGCCAAUAUGAUCAUUUACUUCUUUUAUAAGAAUUUGGCCAAUGUCAACCUGCUCUUCUGGUAUCAGUUCUAUUGUGGCUUUACAGCGACCUCCAUGGUAGACUACUGGUUGCUGAUUUUCUUCAACCUCUUCUUCACCUCCGCACCACCCGUCAUGUUUGGAAUUAUGGACAAAGAUGUUUCAGCAGAGGUUUUGCUUGGAGUUCCUGAACUCUAUAGGACUGGACAAGGUGCAGGGGUUUACAGUUUUUCCACCUUCUGGAUUUCCAUGGUUGAUGCCUUUUAUCAGAGUCUUGUCUGCUUUUUCAUUCCAUACUUUACCUACCGAGAUUUGGAUGUUGAUGUUUUUACAUUUGGAACACCAUUGAAUGCAGUUUCCUUGAUUACCAUUUUGCUGCAUUUGUCAAUAGAAAUCAAAGCCUGGACUGUGGUUCAUUGGAUCAUCAUGGUGGGCAGUUUUGCAGUGUCCUUGAUAUUGACGCUGUUGUACAACUCCUGCGUUACCUGCAACUCGUACUGGACGCUCCAGCGCCAAUUGACAGAUCCUAUUUUCUACCUUGUCUGCAUCAUCACAACAGUGGUGGCUCUAUUGCCCAGGUACACAUUUCACGUGAUGAGGAACUCUCUCGCCCCCUCCCCGAUCCUGCAAGCCAGGCAUCUGGACCAACUAGAUGCCUCCACAAAGGAAGCGUGGAUCAAAGAGUGGAGAGGCUUCAGGGGUGGAGGGAAGGUCAAACGCUCCAAGCGCCGCACUUCAUCCACUCUAACUAUAACUCACACCCCAACUUCCCCUGAUUUUUUAGCAGCGAACGACAUCACAAUGACAUCUUUUAAUAACUGA